UGGUUAAUGAGCUUCAGUGAAAGGUGAAUCAUUCGGGAGAGAGUUUGAAUCCUGGCUGAAACAAUCUCUAAUUAAUUUUUACUUAUCUACGGACUAUACGAAUUAUGAGACCCCUUUCCCUUGGGCAUCGAAGGGUUAAGAGAAAAAGUACUUCUCUCUUUUCCCUUAGUAGAAUCCGGUGUAUCAAUGACGUCCAUUUGUGGAUUUCUUGGGAGGUUUCUCAUGUACAUGUAAUGAAUUAUAGUUUCUUUACAUUUUCUGAUUGAUACAUUUGCAGGUUGCAUGUGAAGAGCUGCGAAACAGUAGAAUGUUCUUGAAGCUUCUAGAGGCGGUGCUUAAAACCGGGAACCGCAUGAAUGUUGGAACAAACCGCGGUGACGCCCAUGCAUUCAAGCUCGAUACACUUCUCAAGCUGGUCGAUGUCAAAGGUGCAGAUGGGAAAACAACUCUUCUUCACUUUGUUGUACAAGAAAUCAUUAGAACUGAAGGAGCUCGUCCCUCGACUUCUUCUUCUACUACUACUACUAAUACUAAUCAAACACCAAGCACAACAUUAACCGACGACGUCAAGUGUAGGAGACUUGGCCUUCAAGUAGUAUCGAGUCUAAGUUCCGAUCUAGCAAAUGUGAAGAAGGCCGCAGCAAUGGACUCUGAAGUUCUCACAAGCGAAGUCUCUAAACUUUCGAAAGGAAUCACACACAUCGCAGAGAUAGUGAAAUUGAAUCAAACGGCAGGAUCGGACGGAACCAUUCAAAAAUUCACAGAAUCAAUGAACAAGUUCAUGAGAACGGCCGAGGAGGAGAUUGUAAGAAUUCAAGCGCAAGAAAGUGUUGCUUUAUCGCUGGUAAAAGAGAUCACCGAGUAUUUCCACGGAAACUUGUCGAAAGAAGAAGCUCAUCCAUUUAGAAUCUUCAUGGUAGUAAGAGAUUUCUUAACAGUUCUUGAUAGGGUAUGCAAAGAAGUUGGUAACAUAAAUGAAAGGACUAUGGUUAGUUCAGCUCAUAGAUUUCCUGUUCCAGUGAAUCCAAUGCUUCCACAACCACUUCCUGGAUUACAUGGAAGAAAACAUUACAGUUCCUCAGAUGAUGAUGAUAGUUCUUCAUCACCUUAGAAAAAACAACCUGGAAUCAGGUGAUUUUGGGACUUGGGUUGUUCGCAGUCACAUGAUCUCGGCUGAUGAAAGGAUUGAACGGAUCAGAUUUUAAAAUUGGAAUGUUUGUUUAAUAAAAAUCAAAAUCAACUUUUAAAUCUGAGUAGUUUGAUCUUGAUCAUACACGGUUGAGAUCGUGCGGCUGCGUGCAGUGUAAGUGCACCUAAUCCAAAUGGGGUCAUGAGGGUGCAUUAUGGUCUAGCCCAAAUGAAUAUUUUGUUUUAUUUUUUGUUAAUUGUAAAAAUCCUUGUAAAAGAUUUGGGUUAUAUAUAAAUAGAUUAUAUAUAUAGAGUAGAAUAUUUUCUUUGGGAAAAAUAAACUUGUGCCUUUUAUGAUUA